CUCACCGCCGCAGACCACAAGGGCAUCCCGCCGCUGGCGGCCCUCGACGAGGCGCUCGUCGCCGCCCUCCGCUCGGGCGCCAUCAAGCUGCUCCGCGCCGAGUUCCUGCGCAGCGAGCUUUCCGAGGCGAUGCUGCCCAAGCUCCUCCGCCGGCAAGCGCUGGAGCGGAUGGAGGAGGAGCGACGCAUCCGCAUCUUCCUCACGCCGGAGGAGGCUGUUGCGGCGCUGCGCUCGCUGUGCCGCGAAGUCGCCGGGCUGACCUACGGCUGGGCCUCGCCGGACCACCCCGACGUGACUGGAGAGUAUCUGGCGAACGUGCGGCGCUUCCUGCGCCACCCGCUCGGCGAGCACGUGACGGCCCUCUUCUGGGACUUCUCUUCGCUCCCGCAAAAGCCAAGGACGGCGGCAGAGGACGAGUUCUUCUAUCAAGCCCUCAAGGUCAUGGGCGACGUCUACGCCUCUCUCUUCGGCACGAUCGUCAUCCGCCACCGCUCCGUGCCAGCCCGCCCGGCGGAGCUGGACGGCGAGGUGGUCAUCCUCGUCGAGAAGGGCGGCGGGCUCGACGGCGCCGGCGCCGAGGCCGAGCUGCGCAGUGCUCUCGGGGCGUUUGAGAACCCGCGCUACGAGGAGGGCCGGUGGCGCGUGCGCGUCCCAACGCACGCGGCGGCGGAGGAGGCGGUCGAGGAAGCCUCUGCAGCAGACGCGUUGCCGGGCGCGAUCGCCGUCUUCCUCUUCUACAACAGCCGCCCUUACCUCGCUCGCGGGUGGACGACGUUUGAGGCGCUCGCCUACUUCCCAGGGCUGGGCAAGCUGCUGGAAGAGCGGCUGACGCCCAAGGUCGUCGAGAUCGACGGCGACGGGCCCCGUGUGGCGGAGAUGGAGGACCGCGCCGACGAGGGGAUGGGGCCGCGUAACAAGCGCGUGAUCGCCGCGAUCGAGGCGGCCUCCUUCACGGGCAAGGGCGACAAGCCG